AUGAUAAGUCGACGUAAAAUACUGUAUCAAACGGGUGCUGUCGGCGAUGGCCAGGAGUUUAGCGAUAUCUACCAGUGCGACGGCGAUGUUUGGUUUAGUUUGAAUAAGUUUAUUGAGGAUCAUAUACUGGAAGUGUUGAAGAAAUGGGACCAAAUUGAUGACGAGAUUUGGGCCAAAAUCAUAUGUAUGGAGCGUAACCAUCGAGUGGCCAAAGCGUACGCCCGAUCGGCAACAUUACAGGUCAAUGGCUCGGAUCAAGGGUUUAGUGACUCUCAUAUCGGACUCAAUGGGUUUACCAAUGCUAGGGAUAAGCGUCUGAAUUAUGUGCGACAGUAUGUCAGGCAAGGGAUACGGCUUAAAGUUGAACAGUCGGGCGAUAUCAUUAUUGAAAGACUAAACAAGAGUAGCGUUUUUGUAAAAAAGUUUGACAACCUGUCCACCACUACUACCACUGCCGGCAUUACUGGCCCUAACCUAAUGGUCGCCAAUCAUCAGAGUAUAGCUUUAGACUAUCAGAAACCGGUAAAACUGUUUGAUAUGAAGCGCUUCCGGUUGGAUGUGAUCCAGGAGUUGGCGACCGCUUCAUAUCCCGACCGUAAAUACUUGGAGCGCAAGUGUGUGUCGAGUGUAGCCUUUGUCAGGGAUUCGCCGCAUAUUUUGCAAACACCGAUCUGGUGUCUGGUCAUCAAUAUCUUAGCACUGGAUCUGUUAAAAUCCAGACUAACAACACCAAUCAAAUGUCUGCAACCAUUGAGAACCAAUAAGUCGUUGUCUGAUGAUGUGAAAGCCCUGAGCUCUGUGGGCACCGAUCAUCAAACAGUGAUUGACAGCCAUAACAAGGAUAUCACUUACGGCGAUUUAUAUUACAUGGGAAUCAAAGCCCGUUUCGCCAAUUCAGCCAAAAGUCGGGCAUCAUUUGCCUUUCCCUUUGAGUUGAGGUCACGAUCGACCAAUUCAGACGAUUUGUGUACUAAAAGCAAAUCAGAUGAGGGCCGGUAUGUCGACAUUAAACUGGAUAUCAUUGGUUUGAGUCAUUGA